AUACAUAUUUGGAUAAAAAACAUUUAAAACAAAUUGGAAGUUAUUAUAACAACAUUAGUAAUGUUCAGCAUGGUUAGAAUUAUUUCUCAAAAGUAGUUAUCUGAAAAUCACAUUUAUGCAGCAAUAUAUUUUACCUAUUCAAUAUGCAAAUGGACAUACCACACAAAAUACAUUAAAAUGUCACGUUUAUCACACCAUCAUGUCAUUUUGAAUGGACACUGGUUUACUAACCCGUGUAUACUUGUCAGUGCUAAUAUUCACUAAGAUUACUAAAAAUAUUUAUAACAUUAGCCAGAUAUAGUAUAAGCUUACAUAGAAACCAAUGAAAUAACUUUUGCAACAUACCAUAUUUAUUUUACAAAAUUACAUCUACUUUUAUAAAAUUGCCUGAAUAACAUGAAAAACAAAAUAUGUACAUAUGAUAUGUAAAUGUUGUCAGUCCGAAUAGAUCUUCGUAUAAAAAUUUACCUCACAAGGUUUGUACAGUAUACACUAAUUGCAAUAGCUGAACAUUCACAAAUACACAAAAAAUCAUUGUAAUGUCAAGGAUGUCAUUCUUUACAAAAGCAAAGUUUUUAUGUGAGACAUUCAGUUUUUUUUCACAGCACAAUAAAUAAAAGAAUGUUUAUUUGAAUACAGUAGCUGAAUAAUGUCACGAGUCUGUAUUGACAUUUGUGAAGUUAUUCUUGAAUGCAUUUCACUCUGACUGUAAGCCUAACUAAUUUCUGCUUAAAUGUCUGCUGUUGUAUGAUAAACUCUGAAGCACGGCACUACACACAGUGGCACACCACAGUCUUCACACAUGUACCGUGUUUUAUGCCGUAUAUUUUUCCCCCGUGCAUCUGUCACCCUGCUGCACAUUGCACACUGGCGUGUAGGAUUGCUUUUUUUGUCAGUUGGCGGAAUCGUAGCUGGAAAGUGACGUUCAGUCAUUCUCAGUGGAUUCGUUGAUUUUCCAGGCCUACCUCGUCCUGGCGACAUUGUUGGCUUGUGAAACUGUUCAAUAAAAUUUUUGACAACAGCCUCUCUGUACUCCAAAUGUGACUGCUUCCCUCCCAACUUUGAAUAUAACAAAAAUGAAUUCCAUAUUGCUAGGUCCACUAAAUGGAAAAAAAUCUUCUUAUAGUAUUUUUUCCCCCCUCUUCCUGGGUACUGCAAAGUCUGUUGUGCGCUGGUCAACAAUGUCCACACCUCCCAUUGUACUGUUGUAAUCUAACACAACUUUUGGUUUUAUGUGCUGUUGUCCAUAGAUUGUAACACUUUUCAUUUCAGAAUUGUGGAUUGUAGACAACAUUGUGACUGGUUUUUUGUCCAUCCACUUCAGUGCCAAUAGUUUCCCUCUUUGGAAAGCCAUGACACUGCCUUUCGGCAAUUUUUGUUUCCGCAAUUCUGGUGGCAUUUCUUUUCUUGUCGUUUUCACAGUCCCAUAAGAAUCAGUUCGAUGUGAUAGCAACAUAUCUGAUAGCUGUGGUGAGGUAUAAAAAUUGUCAGUAAUGACACAAUAACCUUUCCCAAGAAGAGGUUUCACUAAUGACAUAACUACUUGUGACGACAUUGGCAAGCCUUUGUAUUCAUCAUCAAAAUUGGUUCCUCGUCCGGUGUAAAUUACGAAGGAAUAUACAUAUCCACUUGACGAUUCACAUAACAUGAAUGACUUUAUUCCGAACCGCGCCCUUUUGAGAGGUAAGUACUGUUUCCAACCUAGACACCCUUUAUAUAACAUAAGGCUUUCAUCUACUGUGACAUCUUUUUCUGGAGUGUAAAGUUCAGAAAAUUUAUUUUACAAAUGAAUAUAUAUAGGCCAUAUUUUAUUCAGUUUAGGGUUUGGAUGGGUGGCUGCAUCAUAUGACUCAUUAUCCACAAAAUGAAGAAACUGUUUCAGCUGAACAAAUCUGCGAAAUGGCAUGGUUUUCCUAAAAAAUGGUGUGUCAAAUAUUGGGUUCUUAGCCCAGUACAUUUGAUAUGUAGGUUUUUUGACUAUGCUUUGAGCCACAACUAGUGCAAGAAAAACAUAGAUUUCCUCUUUGUUUGUUGGUUUCCAUUUUGUUUGAGGAUGUGUUUGAAUGUACUGUGAUGCAAAUUGGUUCGUUUCUGCCAAAUCAUUAUCAAAAAAUAAGAGAAAAUAACGAAGAAAAUUAUUGUCAACAUUUACAUUUACAUUGACGCCUGGUUUACCUGUAAAUGGGUAUCUUGGAGGAGAGAUAGUUGGCAAACUACAGUUUAUCUCACAUCACAUUCUGUCAGAUAUCUCUUCACUACCUGAUUCUUCUGAGCUUGAAAUGUCAUUAUAAUUGUCGCUACUAUCAGAUCCCGAUUUCUCAAGAUCACUCACGUCGCUUCCUUCACUGUCGGAAUCACUCAUUUUGAACAAUUUCUAUUAUUUACAUUACAGUAAUGUUGAAACCUCAGCUAAAAUAUAUAAACAUUGGCGGGAACAUCAUAAAUUCAUAAUAGUACUAUUAGAGACAUCUAAUGUACAAUUGUUCAAACACAAACGGCGAACGCGUGUAAGUAGGCUACCGUGAUAGAUCGAAUCUGCCCUGACAUCUAGUGGGUAACAAAACUACUGGAAGUCUGUUUCAAAGGCUGAAAAUACCUACUGCGACAUCUAGCGAGAGCUCAUGUAACUCAUUCGAGAAAACUCGAAAUAUAAUCAGACGCACGUUUUUGUUAGUCAGACGAGUAAACUCGGGUUAAUAAUUACGUGCCAAAUGUAAAAAAACGAUUAUACUCGGGUUAAUAUGUUAAGGGGUUAAAGAGAUCGAAGUUUCUUUUGACAGUUUGCUUCGUAGCCACCAGGUGAAGGGAGUGGAAGGGGGAGUGUGCUGUUCAGACUGAGAUGGGAGGGAGAGUGGUGAGUUGGACUUGGCUUUGAGCUGUCGGGCUGAAUGGAAGCUCCACGAACAAGUGUGCCGGUAUGUGAAGUAUUUGUGCGAGAUGGUGAAAACACUUGUCGAGCCAUUGUAGGACGUCCUGGAAGAUUUACGCAUGCCUUGUCCUAUGGGUGUGUUGAGAGCACACGCCAAUUUUUGUGACUUGCUAAUCCUGGAGCAAGUUACGGCCUGCCUAGUGAUUUUGGUAUGCUUUGCCAUUCCCCACUAUCAUCCUUUCAGGAAGUGUUUAUGGCCCUAAACUUUGUUCAACCCUCAAUAGAUUUGUAGUGCCCUGUUAGUUACCCACCCAUUUGAUGGUCUUGCCAUUGUACAGCAAUGUAGAGGUACCUAACUGUGUUUUUUUUUUUGCAAGAUUUUAAACUUUUUAAGAAGCUAUGUUGAAAGACGUAAUUUUUUUUAAGACAUUUAAACAGCUUUUAAAGUAUGCGCACUCUCCCACAAAUAGUAAAGACAAAGAAAAAUGAAUGAUGCAAAUGCCCAAUCACAAGCCAAAUAAAAUGACCCGGUUCAAUGAACAUAACUUUUAACACACACACAUAUAUAUAUAUAAAAAUUAGUAUUUCCAGUAUAAUUAGUGUGGUACCAUUAUAUGUUACGUAACUAGGAUUAUGUUUUGCCAGUAUUGCAAAGUUUUUGUUUAAAGAAUUGUAACCUUUUAAAAUUAUAAUGUAUACAGUAAGUCCUCUAUUUACGUCGUUUCGGAUUAACGUCGCUAAUGUUUGAGUACUUAUGUUUCAAUUUAAGUUGUCGCCGAUUCACAAUAACGUAGUUUACAAUGACCGUAAAUCUUUAUUUUAACCAAAACACCGUAUAUAAUUCGUUUAUAAUUCUUUAUUUCCUUCGGUAGUUAAUUUAUGCUAUGUAGCGUAAGCUACAUGUUCACCGCCUUAUCUUAUCAUACAUCAUGAGGGACGCUUCCUGCUCUCCGCGCGGUGAUGCAAUACUACCAGCCCGCCCGAUCGGCCACCCACGUAUCUCGCACGUAGAAGUGUUAUCUACUUCCCGCAACGACACAGCAUUUUCUCCUACCCCUUUUCGUCCAACUCCUUGGCACUUCAGUCGCUAUGAUAUCAUUGAGUUGGCCGGAGUUUUAAACGUGCCGUUGUUAACUUUAUCGUGAUUAAAUGCGUUUGUAGUAGGCCUACAGUAUCAGCUCACUGCAAUUUAUGAUUUUUUCUUCAUAAGAUGUCUUCCAAACGACUAAAUUUAUCUUCAAACAUAAUUUCAAAAAAUAAGAACAGAACACAUGUUUCAUUAGCCACGAAAAUGGAAGUUUUGAGACGUUUUGAUUCGGGCGAGAGGGCUGUUGAGAUUAGUAAAGUGUUAGGUCUGCCACCUACCACAGUUUAUACAAUUCGAUCAAACGCGGACAAAAUGAAGAGUAGUUUACUGAACAUGUCAUCUGUCAGUGCUACAAAGACGAGUUAUACACGUAAUAGCGCUAUGGAGAAAAUGGAGAAGAUGCUUGCCGUAUGGAUCGAAACACAGAACCAGCACAAUUGCUCCGUAAAUUUAAGGCUUAUUCAAAGCAAAGCUCUAUCAUUGUACAAUGAGGAAAUGAAAAAUGUUGAAGGUACUACAACCGUUAAAGAGGAAGUGUUUAAUGCCAGCCGCGGGUGGUUUCAGCGAUUUAAAGCCAGGUACAGUUUCCAUAAUAUAAAACUGACAGGCGAGGCAGCAAGUUCCGACACUGACGCCACAAAGGAAUUCAUCCCGAAACUUGAGAAGAUCAUUGAAGAAGGUGGCUACAUGCCGAAACAAGUUUUCAAUGCAGAUGAAACGGGACUUUUCUGGAAAAGAAUGCCGGCGAGAACCUACAUCGCUAAACAAGAGAGGACUGCGCCUGGUUUCAAGGCUGCAAAGGAUCGUGUAACAGUAUUGUUGGCGGCAAAUGCAGCUGGCGACUGUAAAAUGAAACCGCUGCUGAUAACCAAGUCAGCCAACCCACGAGCCUUGAAAGGUUACUCAAAGGAGCACCUGCCAGUGAUUUUAAGAGCAAAUAAUAAGGCCUGGAUAACUGGCCACCUGUUCAGGGAAUGGCUUAACUUGUAUGCCAUCCCUGCAUGGAAAGAGUACUGUUCCAAGGAGAACCUUGACUUUAAAAUUCUCCUUCUGAUCGACAACUCACCUAGUCACCCACCCGAGGUAGUAGAAAUGCAUGAAAAUUUGAAAGUGGUUUUUCUUCCUCCAAACACCACAGCUAUCUUGCAACCACUAGACCAAGGCGUCAUCGCAUCGUUCAAGGCCUAUUAUUUGCGGCGUACAUUCCAACAGCUGCUUGAAGGUACAGAUGGUGAGGAUAAGCCUACAAUCAAGGAGUACUGGCGUGGCUACAACAUUUUGCAUGCUAUCAAGAAUAUUGGAGAAGCAUGGACUGAGGUCAUUAAAAAGUGCUUGAACUCGACGUGGGGUAAACUGUGGCCUGAUUGCCUACAUAAUUUUAAGGGAUUUGAAGAUGCCUCUCCUGCUGUAGACGUACACGCGGACAUCGUUGACAUCGCUAAAAGAACUGGAUUCAACGAUCUCGAAAGUGACGACAUUGACGAAGUCUUGGAUGCUAAUGUAGAAGAGCUUACAAACGAAGAGCUACACCAGCUGGCAUAUUUGGCGAACCUAGUAUGUCAACGACUGCUGAUGGUUGCCAAGGACCACUUUGAGCCGAUGUUUGUAGUUUUGAGUACUGCAAUAAUCUGCUUCCCCAACGAUGUCUUGGCUGGUGCCGGAGGCAGGCUCUUACGUCGGCUGGCAUUCUGCGCUCCUUUCUAGAUAACUCAAGAAACCUUACCAACGUAGAGAAGGGAGAAGUAGACCUUGAUUUUGAUCCGAUCAGCAGCCCACGGGCGAGGGAGCCUGCAACCUUCGCCGUAUCUCUCGCACGAGGUCCUGCCGCUUGACCUUCACUUCUUGGCGGGUGCCGACCUCCUUCAAGGUGACCAGGCCCUGCGCGACCUCCGACUCCCCCAGCACGGCUGCCAGCGGGAUACCGGACUCCUCGCAGUGCUGCAGCUGGCCCAGGAACUUGGGGUUCCGCUUGUACGACGAUUCCGCCUGCGCAGGUGUUCAUCCACACUCACUCGCUGCUUACUGUUACACCACCACCACCACCUUGCAGCUUGUGGGGCACGAUAUCCAACCCAAUAAACUUGAAAUGAAAAACCAAAAAAGUUGAUUGCAAAUAAUUGAUAGAAAUAAAAUAAUAAAAGGGCUUGAGUGGUAUAAAUACAGUUGGUAAAGUAUUUAUUCCAUAAAAUUAAAAAAAAUUAAAUUAU